GCAACUACAAUACAAUAUGUAAUUUUCUAUCGCUAACUCUGACAACCUUGAAGUCAAAGUAUGAAUUAUAAGAGAAUGAAUGAUCUAGGAAUGAAAUGAUAUAUCUGUUUCUUUUCACUUCUAAUCUCGUCAUAAUUCCCACAAGUUAAGCGUCUUGAGUCUUGUGUCCAGUUUGGUAUUUGCAAACUGUCCUAAAAAGACAUUGCCACAUCACUCAUAACACAGAUUUAUAUAUCUAAGCUCUGACUACAGGAAACCCACCCUAGAUAUAUCUGUGGUCCUAUACAUUUCUAUGUAAUUCUGGAUAACAUGGGGUCUUCAUAUACGCGCAAUCUGAAAAAGAUUGCUCUUUCAUUUUUCGUCGUCUCAUCCGCUUUCUCCUUUGUAUCUGCCUCCGCCUCUUCCCCUCCUCCGUCUGAAUCUCCGUCAGCGGAAACCGAACUCAUCUGUCACACAGACAACCCCGCCGACUGUUACCCCAAGGUCUUUUCCGCCACAGAGGAAUUCCAAAUCGUCCACGACGACCAGGACCUUCCGCCGGGCUUGCACGUGCAGCUAGAUGUCCAGACGGGGAAGAAGCAGGCCAAACUCUACGACCCUAAGGAGGAGAACCCGGCUCUCGAGGGCUUACCGGUAGACCGGUCCGUCGUCAUCGUAGACCCCGAGGAGCCUCAAGAUGACAAGCCCCGCAUACCCUCCGGCGCCCCGGCCUACGACCCCGUGGGCAAAGUCAAGGCGCCGAAGGAGAAAGACGAGGGUUUCACACAGGCCCUAGAGACCGUUAAGAAGUACGCUAAGAAGUACUCCAACGCCGGCGACUACUCCGGCCAAUCUACCAACGCCGGCGACUACUCCGGCCAAUCUACCGAGCUAGACCAAGCUCUCGAGGGCCUGUUAGACCUGUCUUAUGACAUGUACUACGGGCUUCAGAUCGCCGAGGACGCGGACACCGUCCACGGCCUAUUCUGCCUCGUCACCAACGUAGACGACUCAGACUCGAAAAAGGACGUGCCCGUAGGCGAACGCCCGGACUUUCUCUCUGCGCUGAUCCUCGCGUCCUCGAUCCGGAACAACAAGCCCGCAUUACAAGCCCUAGAGAAAUCCUGGGACGCAGCCACGAACAAGCAAUGCGUGCGCUCAUCCGGAUCCGGAUCCAGCACCACUCCUCCCCCGCUGCUAGCAACAGACUUCUUCGCCAACCUCUCCCCCACCAGCGAGCCCGGCAGUGCCGAAGAAGUCGCCGACAUCUACCGCACGCGCCUAUCGCUCAUCGUGCUGGAGCCGCUGCUCAAGAGCGCGCCGAUCAGGUCCCAGUUCCUGCGCGCCGACGGCAUGCAGCGCCUCCUCGAGGUCCUGCUGCGCGGCGAGAACGCCGUCUGGCAGGACCAAAGACCCAAGGUCGCGCGUAUCGUCUCUGAUACCUUCCUCGACGAGGAGUUCGGCGCGGCGCUGGGCGUCUGGCCGACGGCCGCUCAGGCGACCGAGGACGGCGUGUGUGCGGCUGGCGGGACGGAGUCGAGGGGAGACGGGUGCUGGGAGUUUCAUUUGGAGAGGAUUGGGCGGGAUCCGGGACACGCGGAGUGGAGUCGGCCGUUGCUUGAUUUGUUGAAGAGGAGGAGGGCGGAUAUACCGAGGACGUCUGGGCGAGACGAGUUGUGAUACAUAUCUAUCGGGGAUAUAGCGUACUUGCCCACAUUGGCUAUCACUAGAAAGCAGCAUAUCAAGGCGUUCAAAGGAGGUUAUUGGAAUAUUGUAAUUUAUUCUUAAUUGUUUCUAUUUUAUCAUUUAGGUCACCCUAACGAAUACCC